AACAUGUUAAAGAUAAAACUCGGACAUGAAAGAAAGAAACCAAAAGCAGCAAUAAUGUGAAUAAAAAUAAUAAGUUUACCAUAAAUAAGUUGGCUUCUUGAAUUUAUCUUUUUAAUUUUGUUAGGCCCCUGCAGGCAUGCUUCAUCAAUUUUAUUUGCAAAGAAUUAUGGUCAAUCAGACGAACCCUCCAAAAUUCAGAGAGUACUUUAGUCUAGAGUUAAAUAUCUGAGCUGUUAGCCUGUUUCCAUGGUGGCAUUCACUUUCUGCCUUCUCUCCAGGAUCCAACUGAUUAGGAUAGCAACCAUUCUGAUUUCUCGGUUCCAUUUGCCACAGAAAAUAAGGAUUUUGAAGUGAAAUUAUAAGAUGUUUGAAUGUUUUGAUAUCAGAAUUUUGUAUUCUGAUGUAUUAUACGCACUCCUUUAGAUUUGUGAGAUGGAGAUUUUCAUUAUGAUCCCGGCAAAACAGUUAAACGAUAAUAAAAAGUAGAGAUAUAUUGACCUUCCGGAGAGUGGUUACACAGAAGAGCCUGGUUGCUACAGCUAAUCCUGGAAAGAAUUGCAAGUAGACACGGCUCUCUUAUUUAUGUCUGCAACCCUUUCCACCUUUGCAGGCGCAACCGUUUCCACAUUUGCAGGCGUUUUUUGCACAAUCACAACUGCAGCCACCAUUCUCGGCUCCAAAGCCCAUCUCAGAUCCCUCAAAGUGCCCAGAUACAUCUUGAUGUGAAAUCACUAAAUGUCUCAUUUUUCAACUUUGCAAUAUCAGUUUGAUAAGGACUGUUAAGGAGUUAUUGGGUGGGGUAAGUCUUUAGGCCAAAACUUCAGGGGGAAAGUGAAAUUCACUCGUCUUUUUAUGAUGAAAUGCCCCUGACAAAAUUUCCAAAAUAAGCGAUGAGGACCAAAGUCUAAGGCGUAAGGCCAACACUCAAUGCACCGCAAUAGCUCGAUAGAAUGUCUCAUUGAAGCUCAAGUCUCCGUUCUUUAUUUCUUCAUGAGAGGGCGACUUUGAAUAUUUACAACGUUCAGGGUUUGAGAAAUAACUAGUCAGCGACAAAUGUGGAUACAACGGGCAAAAUCGCUUUGGCAUCUAGAACCCAUUAGACGAUCUUCAAAACCGCCAUGGCUCUCGGUGAUGUUCCUUCCUUACUCAGAUGCUCCCCACAAGAAGACCAAGGCGGCUCCUUUACAGGAAACCAGAAUGAGGGACAAAUGUACACUGUAUUGCAAAGGAGGUGAUGGUGGCAACGGCUGUUCAAGCUUCCGCCGAAGCCGCCAUGAUCGCCGUGGUAGACCUGAUGGUGGAAAUGGUGGAAGAGGUGGUGAUGUGAUUCUUGAAUGUUCUCCUUCAGUUUGGGACUUCAGCGGUUUGCAACAUCAUGUUAGAGCGGCUAGAGGAGGACAUGGAACUGCAAAGAAUAAGAUAGGAACCCGCGGAGAAGAGAAGGUUGUCCUAGUGCCGGUUGGCACUGUAAUUCAUCUUAUUGAGGGUAAAAUUCCAGCUGUGGUUGAAAACUGUUCAGAAACAAACUUGGAUCCCUGGGACCUUCCAGGUACCCUUUAUAGUGAUCCGUCUGAAUCUGAUCAGCGGACAGCCAUUAAGAAUACAAAUGUGCCAGAGGAAGUCAAGACUGUGUGCAGUUAUGGUGAUUCAUCACCUCAUAAUGAAAUAAAGUUGGAGGCAGUAACAAGCCUGCAGGACAUCACUCUAACUGCGAGGGAAGAUGAGGAACAAAUACAAUAUAAUGUUGCAGAAUUAACCAAAAAAGGUCAGCAAAUUCUCAUUGCUCGGGGAGGAGAGGGUGGUUUGGGUAAUGUGUGUUGUCCAAGUGUUUCAAAUGAUGAUAAAUCCUCCCUUAGUUCUGGGUUGCCUGGUUCAGAGGCAGUUGUUGUACUUGAACUCAAGAGCAUUGCUGAUGUGGGCUUUGUGGGGAUGCCAAAUGUUGGCAAAAGUACUCUUCUAGGGGCUAUAUCGAGGGCUAGGCCUGCAGUCGGCCAUUAUGCCUUCACAACUCUCAGACCUAAUUUAGGAAAUCUUAACUUUGAUGACUUCUCAAUUACAGUGGCUGACAUUCCAGGACUCAUAAGGGGUGCCCAUCAGAAUCGUGGACUUGGACAUGCUUUUCUGCGGCAUAUAGAGCGUACAAAGGUUCUGGCUUAUGUGGUGGACUUGGCUUCUGGGUUAGAUGGUAGAAAGGGAAUUCCACCAUGGGAACAGCUAAGAGAUUUAAUUUUAGAGCUUGAGUAUCAUCAGGAGGGUUUAUCUGAUCGGCCGUCCUUUGUAGUAGCAAAUAAAAUUGAUGAAGCAGGUGCUGAGAAAGUGUACGAAGAACUGGAAAGAAGAGUGCAGGGUGUGUCUAUAUAUCCAGUGUGUGCUAUCUUGGAGGAAGGAGUUUCAGAGCUGAAAGAUGGUCUUAGGAUGCUUGUGAAUGGUGAAAAAUUUGAGACACUCAGUUUAGAAAAAAUUCAUCUUGAUUAAGUUGAUAGGCAUACCAAGUCUUAUAUUUGUAUUCACCGGUUUCUUUGUCUAAUACUUUCUUUUUGUAAACAGAAAUGUUUUGACAACAGUUAUACUUGCCACAGAGAUGAAAAUUUAGGUUGAUGUUCAGUUUCUGAAUUCUAAUAGCAUUUGGUUGUAUUCAGCAUAUUGAUGAGUUAGUUGUUAGUUUUUGAAUCUGCUUUUGGUUUUUUUUCUUUUCUCUGUUCCUUGUAGUGUUGUGUGGUCAAGAAUAAAUAUGUUUAUCCUGCAAUUGCAGAAAGAGUUAAUAGGCAAGCAGAAGCAUCAUAAAGUGAUUGAAGGACUUGCAUCUAAAGUGCCCUCCAUUCUGAACCAUCGAAUUUUACAAUCUGAGCAGAGCCAGAAAGAAAUACUACGUUUUGUGAUUGAUAAUGUUACCAAAGCUUACCCGUUUGCUUAAGAUAAAUAUCAAGAGAAAUAAUGUUAAAAACUCAAGCAUAUUCCAUUAUCAAGGGACACAGGCCAUUUAAGGCCCACAACAAGAAAAUGCAUAUCGACUGUGAGGCGCCAGCAAUCCCAGCUAUCACAUCAUGCUUCUUUUUAUGCUAAAGAAAUGCUGAACGGAACAAAUUCAUUUGGGAUUUCAACAGGUGUGCAGUAAAGAUGUGCCACUCCUCAAUUCAACCACCUUAUAAAUAGGGGUGGAGGUCUUGCUGAAGAACUCGUCCCACACUGAAUUCAAGUUCCAGUUUAGUGUUUUAAACUCCUCCUAUUAAACAGAAUGUCUUGCUGUGGUGGAAACUGUGGCUGUGGCUCUUCCUGCAAGUGCGGCGGUAGCUGCAACGGGCACUUUGAGGGAUCUGAGAUGAGCUUUGGAGCAGAGAAUGGUGGCUGCAGUUGUGCAAAUAACGCCUGCAAAUGUGGAAACGGCUGCAGCUGCAACCCCUGCACAUGUUAAAGAUAAAACUUGGACAUGGCAGAAAGAAACCAAAAGCAGCCUUGAUCUGAAUAGAAAUAAUAAGUUUACUAUAAAUAAGAGAGCCGUGUCUACUUGCAAUUCUUUCCAGGAUUAGCUGUAGCUACCAGACUCUUCUGUGUAACCACUCUCCGGAAGAUCAAUAUAUCUCUACAUUUUAUCAUCA